UUAUGCCGCAUACUACACGUUACUUUCACAAUGGUGCACGUGAAAGUAGGUCAUAAAACAACUUCCUUGGAUUCAAAAUGGCGGCCUCCUGUACCCGAUAAACUGUCUGGAUUUUCGUUUCAGGAAUGAGUCUAGCCCUAAAGUCACACUUUAACGAUAAUUGAACAGAAUCAAGAGUCAACGAUGAAAAGCGAGAAUGAGACUGUCAUUGAGCGCCUUCCCCUAGAGCAUCCUCUGCCAGAGGAGAUAAGGAAGAUGGAGAGAGAUGAGACUGUCUGCCAGUUCUGUGGUGUUAGCUAUCUGAUCCAUCGAGAAGUAAAGGCUUUAGAAGAUCAGCUUAAGAAAGUGCAUGAGGAAUUAACACGGUAUGAAGGAAGUGAAGAGCGAGAACAGCAACUCAGAGAAGACUUGGAGAAAACCAGGAAAGAGAGAGAUGCUGCUUUCUCCACAAUCCAAGAAAGAGAUUUAUCCAUCCAACGUUUAAUGGCAGAGGUUGAACAUAAAGCCAGUGAGCUGAAGGAGGUAACAGAAUCCAAGAAGACUCUUCAGAGCAGACUAGAGGAAGCAGGGCGAACCUCAGACAAACUUAGGAAGCAGCAAGAAAUCUGGAAGAUGAAAUUACCCAAUUUUUAUUCUUCGGUUCAGCAACAGAAAUCAGAACUGCAAAACAUCCAGAGUUUCAUACAUCAGAUGGGGAAAACAGUUAGAGAAUCAUCCAAUAAGCUGAGUCUUGUUGUCAAGGCAGUCUGCUCUCAAGAAGCUGAAGAAGUAUUGAGAUUGAGAGAUGAAGUGUUGAGACUUGGAGAAGACCGGACGUCUUGGCAGAACAGACAGGGUGAGAUGGAGAAAAACCUGAGGAAUGCUCGAGCAGAGGUGGAGAGACUUACUCAAGUUGAGGGACAACUCACGCUGAAGGAGGAGAAUUAUUCACAGCUCACCUUACAAAUGGAGAGGUUACAAACUGAAUUAGAUACAGCUACCACACAGCAAAGAAAGUUGUCAUCGGAAGCAGCUGAACUCAAGGGAUUACUUAAGAGCAAGACCCAGGAGGUGGAAGACUUGCAGACCCUGCAGAGGAGACGGGACCAGAUCUCUGAACAACUAUCUUCCAAGCUGCAACAUGAGCUGAAACAUAAGGGCAAUGAGCUGCAGACGGCGCUGGCUGACUACCGUAAGUUAGAGCAGCGUGUAAGGGAUAGAGAGAGAGCUGAGGAAGAGAUUCAACGACAAGCAUCGCUGUCCAUGGGAGAGACGGAUCAGAUCCGACAGACUUUAAUGCGGACCCAGGAGGAAUGCAAUGCACUCAAAGCCGAGAGGGAACUCAUGAUAUCUUCUCAUCAGAAUCGCAUUGAACAACUGCGAGAGAGCUUCAAGCAGAAACUCACCGAUGCUGAAAAGUGGCCAUCCAAGAUGGAUGACACCUUGCAGAAGGAAAGAAUGAGACAUUCUCAAGAAAUACAGGAGUUGGAAGCAAAGAUGAAAGAAGCCUUCCAAAUAGAGCUAGAUAUCGAGAAACAAAGGCAUCAGGAACUGACAGAAAAAUACAAAGCAGAACACCAGGAGAAAGAAAAUAAGUUCAAGACUGAGUUACGCAGUCUUGGCUCAAGGCACAAAACUGAGAUCAGCCAGCUUGAAAAGCAAGUGUCGGCCCUCAAGAUCCAGGCAUCGACUGGUGAAGAAUCAUUAAGGAGGGAGGUGGAGGGUUUGAAAUCGGUCAUUGUGGAUCUGGAGAACAGACUAAGCACGGCAGGAUCUGAGAGUGAUGAACUGGUCGCUAGUCUGAAAGCUGAACUGAGGGAAGCGGAACAGGACCUUCUGGCUAACAGAGAGGAGAGUGGAAUGCUGAAGGAGAGAUUGGCCCAGUCUAAAGAAGAGAUACUCUUUCUGCAAGAAACUGUCCGUCAGGAAUGCGAGGAGCGUUUUGAGCUCACUGAGGCCCUGAGUGAAGCCAGAGAACAGCUCUUAACUUAUCAGCGUCAUGGCAACCUCAGCAGUAUCCCUCGACCUUCCUCGAGCACCAAGUCGCACAAGUCGGACCCAAGUUUCAGUGUGACGCGCAAGUCCAGCACAGGGUCCAUACAAUCUGGGCAAGGUCAAAAACUUGUGCCUGGACAAAGUCCUGCAACCCCUAGUAAGAUUGCGUCGAGUAGCAUCAACAUUGGGUUUGACUCGGGCCAGGCCAGACCACCGGCCGGUCGGCCAAAGGACGGUAGUAUGUCUGACAGUAGGCAAAGGAUUGCAGCUGCGGUUGGGAGGAGGUGAUAGGAAUCAGAGGCGCCAACGAUUUUCAAAAUGUGCAAUGUGUUCAGAGAGAGAUUUUGAUAGGUCAGAAUCAAUGUAAAAGGAUCAAUUUGACGUGAAUAUGGCUGUGACUGGGUCGCCACAAAUGGGAGCUGCUUGAGUAUUUAUUCUGUUCUUCGUAAUCUUGCUAUGCUGGGUGGAUCUCAGUUAAACUAUGGUUCCAGAUUGGUACAUAGUUAUUCUUGGGAAAUGAGUCCAUGAGAAAUUUCGUCCAAUAUAACAAUCCAUCUAUUACGUGUACCUCAGUUAUUGUAGUAUUGAAGGUUUUCAAGCUGUUUUUUAAUCCUCUGGCUUAACAAAAAGUGAUUGAGGUGCUGGACAAGUAAUUCCAUCAAACUUGGAAUCUCUUUAAAAUCACCCAUUUUCCAUUGUUGUACAUUACAUUUUAAUUGUAAAGAGGAAGGUCUUCUAAGACAGAAGGUGCUCACCAGCUUAAUUAGCUGUCAAACUUGGAAUAAACAAUUUUUGUGUAAGCGAGUUUCUUGUACAAAAAAAUUUUUUUUGUAAGAAAUUCUUUGAAA